GGAAGGCUCAAAUGCCGAUACUAUCUUCAAGCAGAUCCGUCCAUUGCAUACAGAUCAGAUAUAAGUACAGCUUGCAUAGGGAUACUAAUUGCCACCAGCGCACUUAUUAAACCACUAUGCUUACCACACAAACUCGAACUUACCCGACUGUUUCUUCUGGCAUCCUCCGCCUCAACUCCGACCCCUCUCGCGUCGUCGGGCAGCUUCUGGUCACUCCUAUCCUUACCCAUGCCGACUCCUUCUUUGGAGCGGAGGUAACGGGUGUGGACUGGAGCCAAACCAUCCCAGAGUCACUAGUGAAAGAACUCGUUGCCCUCCAAGACAAGUAUGGCGUGUUGGUCUUCCGUAAGACUGGCAUGGACAACAAUUGUCACAUCUCCUUCUCCCACCAGCUUGGGAGCAAGCUCGAAGUCAACCCGUUCUACUAUGGUAAGGAGAAUGAUCGCGUGAGAGAAGACUACCUUUGGGAUGUUGGAAAACUAUGGCACUCUCGCAAACUCGCCUCACCGAUCAUCUACGCGUCCCCCACUACCGCCGAGAAAGCGCUCAAACCUCCCGCUUUCCAUAAACUCGUUCAGACCGGUCCUGAUGGCCGUAAAGUCCUAUACCUCGCGGCGCACGCCAAGCAAGUGGUGGGGUGGGACCAUGAGAAGAGUCAGAAGCUGAUUUGGGAGCUCAUUGAUUGGUGUACUCAGUCAAAGUAUGUGUUUAGUAUGGAAUGGCACGAUGGGGGUGAUAUGGUUUGGUGGGAUAAUCGUCAAUCCAUGCAUCGCGCAAACCCCUACACGGCCAACAUGACUGCCCGCGAUGUCCGACGUGCAACGGUAAUCGAUGACGGACCUCUUGCGUUCGGCGUGACCGCUGAGGAAGUCGAAGAUGCUGAGAGUAAAGCUUGA